GGGACCUAAGCCAAAUUCAGACCCUUAACCACCUGAGCCACCCAGGCACCCCAGUCUGUUUGUCUCUCUUGAGGCCAGUAUCACUCUGCCUUGCUCAGCUCUAGCUUUGUAGCAAGUCUUGAAGUCAGUAGUUUAAGUCCUACAACUUUCUUCUUUUUAAAAGGUGGCUUAACUAUUUUAGGUCUUUUGCAUUUCCAUAUGAAUUUUGGAGUAAGUUUAUCAACUUCUUUAAAAUAUUUCCUGAUAUUUUUAUUGGGAUUAUGUACAGGUGAAUUUGGGGAAAAUGACACCAAAAUGCCAUUGGGUCUUCUGAUACAUGAACACAGUAUAUCACUCCAUUUCUUUAGGUUUUAUUUUUUUUUUUAGCAGUGUUUGAUGGUCUUCCACAUAUCUUGUCACACUUGUCCAUAAAUACUUUGGUUUUUUAUGAUAGUCUAAACGUAUUGCUGAUACAUAUAAAAAACAUGAUUGAUUUUUUUUUUUGUAUAUCGGUCUUGUAUUCUGCAAUCUUACUAAACCCAGUCAUUUUAAAUAGCUUUUAAAAAAUGAUUCUUCAUAAAUGAUGUCAUCUGUAAAUACAGUUUUACUUCUUUGUUUCUCAUCUGGAUGCCUUUGAUUUUUUUUGUUUUUUCUUGUUAGAACUACACACAGAGUGGUAAAUAUAAAUGGUGAUUAUGGACAUUCUUGCCUUCCUGAUCUCAGGGGGAAAGCAUUCAGUUUUUCACCAUUAAGUCUGGUGAUAACAAGAUUUUUCACUAUGUCCUUAUACAGGCUCAGAAAGUUCCCUUCUAUUCCUAGUUUGCUGAGAAAUUUUAUCUGGAAUGCAUAUUAGAUUUUGUCAAAAUUUUUGAAAUAUAUUGAGAUGAUAAUGACUUUUCAUUUUAAGUUUGCUAAUGUGGCGAAUCACACUCACGGAUUUUUAAAAACCAGUCUUGCAUUUCUGGGAGGAUAAACCCCACUUAAGUCAUUGGUGUGGACUGAAUUUUGUAUAUCCAAAUUUACAUUUCGAAGCCCUAACACCCAGUGUGACUCUGUCUGGAGGUAGGGUCUUAGGUGGUAACCAAGUUUAAAUGAAGUCCUAAGACUAGGGCCCUAACGUGAUAGGACUGUGAUAUCUUAUAAUAACAGGAGGAGAGAUCUCUUUCUCUUUCUCUGCCGUGUGAGAACACAGUGAGAAGGUGGUUGUCUACAAGCCAGAAGAGAGCUCUCACCAGAACUUGACCAUGCUGGUACCCUCGUCUUGGACUUCCAGCCUCAAGAACUUACCAAAAGAAUUGGUGGAGCUCCAUUUGAAGUUGAUGAGGAAGAUUGGCAAAUCUGUUACGGCAGACAGAUGGGAAAAAUAUUUGAUCAAGAUAUGUCAAGAGUUUAAUAGCACCUGGGCAUGGGAGAUGGAGAAGAAGGGCUAUCUUGAAAUGAGUGUUGAAUGCAAACUAGCGCUCUUAAAGUACCUCUGCGAGUGUCAAUUUGAUGACAAUCUCAAAUUCAAAAACAUUAUCAAUGAGGAAGAUGCUGAUACCAUGCGUCUCCAGCCAAUUGGCCGAGACAAAGAUGGCCUUAUGUACUGGUACCAGUUGGAUCAAGAUCACAAUGUCAGAAUGUACAUAGAAGAACAAGACGAUCAAGAUGGCUCUUCAUGGAAAUGCAUUGUCAGAAAUCGAAACGAGUUGGCUGAGACUCUUGCCCUCCUGAAAGCACAGAUUGAUCCUGUGCUACUGAAAAACUCUAGCCAACAGGACAACUCUUCCCGGGAAAGUCCCAGCUUAGAGGAUGAGGAGACUAAAAAGGAGGAAGAAGCACCUAAACAAGAGGACCAGAAGGAAAAUGAAAAGAUGAAAAGUGAAGAGCAGCCAAUAAAUUCAGAAACCUGCUCUACACCCAGUGCUCUGGAAGAGGCUACUGUGAAAGUAGAAAAGGAGGAUGAAAAGGAACUUGUGAAACUGCCCGUCAUAGUCAAGCUAGAAAAACCUUUGCCAGAAAGUGAGGAUAAAAGGAUUAUUAAAGAAGAAAGCGAUUCCUUCAAGGAAAAUGUCAAACCCACUAAAGUUGAAGUUAAGGAAUUUAGAGCAGAUCCGAAAGAUAUCAAAAGUAGCACGGAGAAGCUAGAGCCAGAGAGGCUAGAGUUCGGUGGCAGUGUCAGGUCUUCUCAAGAGAUCACUGAGAAGUCGACUGAAGAAACCGAGAAACUUAAAAAUGACCAGCAGGCCAAGAUACCACUAAAAAAACGAGAAAUUAAACUGAGUGAUGAUUUUGACAGUCCAAUCAAAGGACCUUUGUGUAAAUCCGUUACUCCAACAAAAGAGUUUUUGAAAGAUGAAAUAAAACAAGAGGAAGAGACUUGUAAAAGGAUCUCCACAAUCACUAUUUUGGGUCAUGAAGGGAAACAACUGGUAAAUGGAGAAGUUAGUGAUGAAAAGGUAACUCCAAAUUUUAAAACAGAACAAAUGGAGACAAAGUUUUAUGAUACAAAGGAAGAUAGCUGUAGCCCCUCUAAAGACAGGAGCGUCAUCAUGGAGGGAAAUGGAGCAGAGUCCUUAAAUUCUGUCAUAACGAAUAUGAAAAUAGGUGAUCUUGAGAAGGAAGUGGUCCCUGGAGGGAAAGAUGCAGAUAAUUCAGUAUCCGUCUUAGAGACCCAGAAUCAAAAAGGACAGCUAGAGGAAACCGGUCCUCCAGAAAUGGAAAUCUCUCUUGAGACUUCUGAGAUGGCAAAGGAUCUCUCUUUGAAAACUGCUUUAUCUGCCACUGAAUCUUGCACCCUGAAGGUUGACGAGAAGUCUCCCAAAAGUAAAAAGGAUAAGCGCCCACCAGUCCUAGAAUGUCUUGAAAAGUUAGAGAAGUCCAAAAAAACUUUUCUUGAUAAGGACACACAAAGAUUGAGUCCAAUACCAGAGGAGGUUCCGAAGUAUACUCUAGAAUCAGUAAAGUCAGUGUCUCCUGAGGCAGCGGAAACUUCUGCACCGUCUAACAUGACUGACCACUGUGGGAAGUUAGCCUCAGAAAAAGAAGUGGUAGAAUGUCAGAGUACAAGUUCCAUUGAAGGUCAUUCCCUGGAAAAAACAGACCCAGAAAUUCUAAAAAAGGAUUCUGAAUCCACAAAGGUAGAAACGGAUAAUCUGGACAAUGCCCAGACCUCUGGCACAGAGGAUCCUUCUGAGACAAAGGGUUCUAUGCAAAAAAGCAAAUUUAAAUAUAAGUUGAUUCCUGAGGAAGAAACCACUGCCUCAGAAAACACAGAGAUAACCUCUGAAAGGCAGAAAGAGGGCAUCAAAUUAACAAUUAGGAUAUCCAGUCGGAAGAAGAAGCCAGAUUCUCCUCCCCAAAUUCUAGAACCAGAAACCAAGCAAGAGAAGACAGAAAAGGAAGAAGAGAAAACAAACGUAGGUCGUACCUUGAGGCGGUCUCCAAGAAUAUCUAGACCCACAGCAAAAGUGGCUGAGAUCAGAGAUCAGAAAGCUGAUAAAAAAAGAGGGGAAGGAGAAGAUGAAGUGGAAGAAGAGUCAGCAGCUUCGCAGAAAGCAGACAAAAAAGAAAAUUUGAAAAAAACAGAGAAGGAUACAAAUUCUAAAGUAAGCAAGGUAAAACCCAAAGGCAAAGUUCGAUGGACUGGUUCUCGAACACGUGGCAGGUGGAAAUAUUCUAGCAAUGAUGAAAGUGAAGGGUCGGACAGUGAAAAAUCAUCUGCAGCUUCAGAAGAAGAGGAAGAAAAAGAAAGCGAAGAAGCCAUCCUAGCAGAUGAUGAUGAACCGUGCAAAAAAUGUGGCCUUCCAAACCAUCCUGAACUAAUUCUUCUGUGUGACUCUUGUGACAGUGGAUACCACACUGCCUGCCUUCGCCCUCCUCUGAUGAUCAUCCCAGAUGGAGAAUGGUUCUGCCCACCUUGCCAACAUAAACUACUGUGUGAGAAAUUAGAAGAACAGUUGCAGGAUUUGGAUGUGGCCUUAAAGAAGAAGGAGCGUGCUGAACGCAGGAAAGAACGUUUGGUGUAUGUGGGUAUCAGUAUUGAGAACAUCAUUCCUCCACAAGAGCCAGAUUUUUCUGAAGAUCAUGAAGAAAAGAAAAAAGAUUCAAAAAAAUCCAAAGCAAACUUGCUUGAAAGGCGGUCAACAAGAACACGGAAAUGUAUAAGUUAUAGAUUUGAUGAAUUUGAUGAAGCAAUUGAUGAAGCCAUAGAAGAUGAUAUCAAAGAAGCUGAUGGAGGAGGAGCCGGCCGAGGAAAGGAUAUCUCCACCAUCACAGGUCACCGUGGGAAAGACAUCUCCACUAUUUUGGAUGAAGAAAGAAAAGAAAAUAAACGACCUCAGAGGGCAGCUGCUGCACGCCGGAAGAAACGCCGGCGACUAAAUGACCUGGACAGUGACAGUAACCUGGAUGAAGAAGAGAGUGAGGAUGAAUUCAAGAUCAGUGAUGGAUCUCAAGAUGAGUUUGUUGUAUCUGAUGAAAACCCAGAUGAGAGUGAAGAAGACCCACCGUCUAAUGAUGACAGCGACACUGAUUUCUGUAGCCGAAGACUGAGGCGACAUCCUUCCCGGCCAAUGAGGCAAAGCAGGCGUUUGCGGAGAAAGACCCCAAAGAAAAAGUACUCUGAUGAUGAUGAAGAGGAGGAGUCUGAAGAGAAUAGUAGAGACUCUGAAAGUGAUUUUAGCGAUGAUUUUAGUGAUGAUUUUGUAGAAACUCGGCGAAGGCGGUCAAGGAGGAAUCAGAAAAGACAAAUUAACUACAAAGAAGAUUCCGAAAGUGAUGGUUCCCAGAAGAGUUUACGACGUGGUAAAGAAAUCAGACGAGUUCACAAGCGCAGGCUUUCCAGCUCAGAGAGUGAAGAGAGCUAUAUGUCCAAGAACUCUGAAGAUGAUGAGCUAGCUAAAGAAUCAAAGCGGUCAGUUCGAAAGCGGGGUCGAAGCACAGAUGAAUAUUCAGAAGCAGAUGAGGAAGAAGGCAAACCAUCCCGAAAACGGCUACACCGGAUCGAGACAGAUGAGGAGGAGAGUUGUGACAACGCUCAUGGAGAUGCAGAUCAGCCUGCCCGUGACAACCAGCCCAGGGUCCUGCCCUCAGAACAAGAGAGCACCAAGAAGCCCUACCGGAUAGACAGUGAUGAGGAAGAGGACUUUGAAAAUGUAGGCAAAGUGGGGAGCCCUUUGGACUAUAGCUUAGUGGACUUGCCUUCCACCAAUGGACAGAGUCCUGGCAAAGCCAUUGAGAACUUGAUUGGCAAGCCAACUGAGAAGCCUCAGACCCCCAAGGACAACAGCACAGCCAGUGCAAGCCUGGCCCCCAAUGGGACAAGUGGUGGGCAGGAGGCAGGGGCACCAGAAGAGGAGGAAGAUGAGCUUUUAAGAGUGACUGACCUUGUUGAUUAUGUCUGUAAUAGUGAACAGUUAUAAGACUUCUUUUCCAUUUUUGUGCUAAUUUAUUCCACGGUAGCUCUCACACCAGCGGGCCAGUUAUUAAAAGCUGUUUUAUUUUUCCUAGAAAACUCCACUACAGAAUGACUUUUUAGAAGAAAAAUUUCAACAAACCCUGAAGUCUUUCUGUGAAGUGACCAGUUUUGAACUUUGAAGAUAAAUAAUUGCUGUAAAUUCCUUUUGAUUUUCUUUUUCCAAGUUCAUGGUCCUUGGUAAUUUCAUUCAUGGAAAAAAUCUUAUUAUAAUAACAACAAAGAUUUGUAUAUUUUUGACUUUAUAUUUCCUGAGCUCUCCUGACUUUGUGAAAAAGGGUGGAUAAGAAUGCAUUCCGAAUCUGUGAGGGCCCAAAACAGAAUUAGGGGUGGGAGAAGGCACUUGUGCUUUAGCUUUUUCAUAUUAAAUAUAUAUUAUAUUUAAACAUUCAUGGCAUAGAUGAUGAUUAACAGACUGUUUAAAAGUUCAAGUCUGUGUUGUUGCAGUUUGAGAACUGUAGAUAACAUCAUACAUACAUCAUUUAGUAACAGCAUCCAUGAUAUCAGCUUGUUUACUAUCAGAGAUAACCACACUUAAUAAAGAAGAGAUGGAGAAAGUACCAUCAUUAAAAACUCUAACCUGAGUUUCUGUUAUAGCGGAGUUCCUUGUUUAAAAAAAAAAUCAUCUGAAAAACAUUUGUACAGUAAGAUGUAUAAUGAAGCUUUGACAACCAGAUUGUGCUAGCAGCAAAUUUUUUUUAAACAGCUUUAUGCAGUGGUGAUGAGGUGGCCUCUAAUCUAAUAUACUAUCAAUGAAGAGUUAUUAGUGAUAUAAAUGUGGUCUUUCUUUAGGCCCAGGUGGACUGUAAACUUUGCAGAUAGUGUAACUCUGGUCUUCUGGCCACUUAAUAUUUAAAUAUCUGAAAUAGCCCAUUUUGAAAGAAAUACAUCUAUACAUAACAUACAUGAAGAGAUGCUAAGCUGACAGCGGUAUUUUAGCACAUUUGAAAUGGGGAAAGGAUUUUCAGGUGAAUUUUAACUGGUCUAUUCUUGCCCUUAGUAUCUACUUCAAAUUGAAGUCUACAAACAAAGCAGUUCCUUUGGGAGGUUUUUAGUUUGAGUUUUAGCAUGUAUGUGUGUGUAUAUGUGUGUGUGUAUGUGUGUGCAUUGGAAUUUCCUAUCUGCCUGGAUAUAUUAGCAGGGUUUGAAUGUAGUUUUGGCCUUUGGCCAUUAGACUUCUAUUAAAAUUCAUUAAUAGUCACAUGACCAACAGAGUUGAUUGAGAACCGCCAAUAUACUUAAUAGGCAUGACAUCCAUUUCAAACAUCUCAAUGCUUUAAUGAAAGAUGAGCCCUUUGUUUCAAGAAAAAAGGGGUUUAUAACUAAAUAUCUAACAUGUAAUUGACACUAAAAUAUGAACUUUGUCUUAUUACUGUUACAGCUGUAAAAUUUCAGGCAGAGCCAUAAAUAACAUUGUAUAAAGUGUAGCACUUGUGAUUAAACCUUGCCUGUCAAAUUCUGAAACCUUCAGCCAUUACUUCUGUGAAUACUUUUGCCCCGGGAUUUGGGUUUUUCUGUUCCAGUGUUGUGUCUGUUGCCGGCAACAGACACACAUAUCUGCUGCUGGCCCAAGGAACUUUGUUAAUUUUUCUUUCCAAAUUAAGCAUUAUAUGUGCUAGUCAGUGUAUAGUAAAGCACUUCUCUUUUUUAUUAUUAAAAAGCUGGCAUUAGACUUGCAUUAUAAAUACCUCUCUAGAAACUUUAUACUCCUUUUCCUUCCUCAACAGGUGUUGCCCUGAAGUCUUAUCUUUUGGCCUUGAAAGUUUAUAGCUGUUGUUUUUCAUUUGUUGGUUCUUUUGUUUGUUUUGUUUUGUUUCACUUUAGUUCUGUAGUACCUGCCCAUUAAUAUUUUUGCUUUGAUUCUAGCAAUGUAUAUGUAUCUGUAUAAAAAAUAAAAUAAUGAAAGCAGCCUAAAAAUAGGAUGCACCAAUA